AUGGCGCCCACCGAAGAUGGCGUUCUGCUUCCCACGGCGGGCAAGGCCAAGGCCAAGACCAAGACCGUCGGCGCCAACUUCUUGCGCCACGACAAAGACGGGCACCGCAAGACGCACCGGCAGCUCACGACUUCUCCAAAUACCACCUCCAGCUCCACCACACAAGCAUCCGUAGCAGCGUCAGUUUCAGUGAUCGGUUCCAGUGCUCCUAUUGUUGACAUUGACACCAGUUACCAUAGGCCGGCACCGGCAAUCGGCCAACCUAACUCAGUGGUGCACCAACCAAUGAUACACCUGCAGCUCCAGUUAAUAUCGGCGAAGAUGAUCAAGAUGAUGAAGAGCGAAGCUCAUCUUUUCCGGCAAGAGUGCAAUAAGAGGUACAGAGCUGAGGGCCCUUGUGGGACGACUGCAUUCAAGAGCCAUUUGAGGUCAAAGCACAGCAUUGUGGAGGGACAACAACAGCUUAAUGUUGGUAAGAACACUGGUUCUGAAAUUGCUCAUAUCGUGCCUUUCAAAUAUGACCAAGAAGUUAGCUUGAGGAAAUUGAACUUGGCAAUCACCAUGCAUGAAUAUCCUUUCAAUAUAGUUGAGCAUGAGUAUCUUGUUGAUUUCAUAAAAUCUCUUCGGCCUAGCUUUCCGAUAAAGUCUCGUGUCACUGUUAGGAAAGAAAUAAUAGACAGAUAUCUUGAAGAAAAGGAAACUUUGUAUGCACACUUAAAAACUAUCAAGUGCCGCUUUAGUGCAACAAUGGACAUGUGGACCUCAUGCCAAAACAAAGGAUACAUGUGUGUUACAAUUCAUUGGAUAGAUGAUAAUUGGCGUAUCCAAAAGAGAAUUAUUGGUUUCUUCAAUGUAAAAGGUAGACAUACUGGUGCUAAGUUAUCUGAGACAUUCAGUGAAGUUAUGGUUAAAUGGUACAUUGAGAAAAGACUGUUUGCAUUGACUUUGGAUAAUGCUAGUUCAAAUGAAGUGGCUGUCAAUGAUAUAAUUUCAGAUCUAAAAGAGAAUGCAAAGAAAACUAGUAGUGUGGCUGCACCUGGACCUAGUAACACAGCUGAUGUAUUAAUGGGAAAUGUAGACCAUGACCUAGAAGAAUUCCUAUAUGAUGAAAGUGAACAUGCUAUGGUUGAGACAAAUGAGUUGGAGAGGUAUAUGGGGGAAUCACUACUGAAAAUUGUUGGUGAGUUUGACAUCUUAGCUUGGUGGAAAAACAAGAGAGAAGAGUAUCCUAUCCUUUCACAGAUUGUUCGGGAUGUAAUGGCUGUACAAGUAUCAACGGUAGCAUCCGAGUCUGCAUUUAGUGCUGCUGGUCGUGUUGUUGAUCCCUAUCGCAGUCGUCUUGAUCCCGAGAUGGUACAGGCAUUAAUUUGCACAAAGGACUGGGUUGCUGCAGCAAAUGCGAAAGUGGUUGGAUCAAUUGUGAGUGAUCUUGAAGUUGAUGCUUUGACUAAUGUUGUGGCUAAACUGAAAAUUGAGGACAAGGACAAGGAGGGCGAUGGGGACUCUGAGGAGGACAAUGAGGAUGCAAAAGACAUGGAGAGCGAUGGGAACUCUGAUCCUGACAUCAUGGAUGAUGCUGAUGAGCUCUAG